AUGUCGGUAGCAUUUUUGGCUGAUCCCACCCAGUCAAAUAUAUCAGUCGAGCAUUUGCAGAUUGCAGCUACUAAGCUCGGAAUCAGGAUCCCAGAAGGCCAUGAGACAGCGGCCUACUUGCAUCUGCUCCAGUCAGCCGAGGCUGUUAUGAAACACAUCCAAAGCUGUGACGACUACAUUCAUCCUGCGCUUUCUCCCCUGGCAACAACAGCUCCCCGUACCUUUUGGGAGCCUCACAAGGAAGACAAUCCCUUGAACGCUUGGAGAUUUCGCUGCGAGCUCAUCGCGGCAAACCCGACCAGCAGCGUACUCCGUGGCAAAACUAUCGUAAUCAAAGACAACAUCUCCGUCGGCGGCCUGCCAACUACCGUGGGUACAUUCACUGAGUUGCUUUGCAAAGACGGCCAGCUUCCCAUUUCUCCAAUUGAUGCAUCUGUGGUCUCGCGAGUGCUCGCAGCCGGUGCGAUCAUCAAAGGUACCUCCACUUGUGAGAACUAUUGUGCCUCGCCUCUUUCGUAUAGUGCCGCCAGCGGUCCAGUGCAUAAUGCCUUUGCCUCUGGCUAUACUUCUGGCGGAAGUAGCAGCGGAUCCGCUGCUCUCGUUGCAGCGACUGUCAUACACCGCGAGACCGGCCGAUUGUUUGGAGAAACGGUGGAUAUUGCGAUUGGUGGCGACCAGGCUGGAUCGGUCCGUAAUCCAGCGUCCUAUAGUGGCAUUUACGGACUGAAGCCAACGUAUGGCCUGAUUCCAUAUACCGGUGCUGUCUCGUUGUCACCCAUGAUUGACCAUCUCGGACCCCUUGCGGCCAACCUCGAGGAUCUCGCCUUGUUGCUGCAAGUGAUGGCUGGAUAUGAUGGGAUUGAUCCACGAAUGACCCCUGAAUCUCCGCUUCAGGAUCAAGUACAAAAUUACUCCCGCAUUCUGGCCGAGUUUCGGAAUCGCAACUUGGAAAAUGGAGAACGAAUUGGGUCCGGUAUGAAGAUUGGUCUAUUAACAGAGUCAUUCAAGGUCCCGGGCCUGUCCCCUGAAGUUCGAGACACGGUUCUUGAAUCCGCCUGGUCGUCCUUUGCCGCCGCAGGAGCUGAGGUGAUGGACAUUUCCGUUCCUCUGCAUCGUGAGGGCAGCCUCAUCUGGACUGCCGCCACGAGAAUGAGCAUGUCUGAAUGGGCCUGCCAGGGUAAGACGUCUGGACACUUGUCUUUCCUGCCACCACACAUCCAAGCUCAAUGGCCGCCCGACCAGCGUAUGUACGAGUUACUCACUGCGACCAACCCGGCGGCAAUGAAUGUCAUGUUAUCCGGUCCAUUCCUGCAGGAAGUCUUUGGUCCCAGUGUGGAAGCCAAGGCGCACCGCAAAGUCUUCGAGCUCCGGGCAGCCUACGAUCAGGCAUUCGCGCAAGUUGACGUCCUCGUCACGCCAUGUGCGCCUACCGUUGCAAUGACGCACCCCAAGAUGCAGGCCGAUGGCGACGGCCCCGAAUCAAGCAUCAUGGAGAAGCUCUCGGCUGCCGUGGGGGUGACUACGAACACAGCUCCGUUUAAUGUCACCGGGCAUCCUGCAAUGAGUGUGCCUUGUGGAUUUGGCCGGGCGGAGAGUCUUCCAGGUCGACCCGAGGUCCAAUUGCCGAUUGGGAUGCAACUUGUUGGCCGACGCUGGGAGGACGCGAUGCUGUUAAAAGCUGCGGCUGUUUUUGAAGCAGGCCGAUCAGCUUUGUCGGAUGAGUUGAGCGAAUCAUGA